AUGAAGCUCUCCGACAAAAUCGCGGCUCACGACCCAUCUCAGCCAUUUUAUACCUUUGAAUUCUUUCCUCCUCGUACAGAUCAGGGAUUCGAAAACUUGGUUUCCCGCAUAUCGAGAUUGGCAACAUUAAAUCCAUUGGCGAUUAGUGUGACAUGGGGUGCGGGCGGUUCAACAAAGGAUCGAAGUUUAGAACUCGCCAGUCUGACACAAGGCGACUAUCAUCUGGAUACGCUUUUGCAUCUGACAUGUACCAAUAUGGAGCAAGGCCUAGUGGACGAGGUCUUGAAAGCUGUCAGAGACCGCGGAAUACAGAAUAUUUUAGCACUGCGCGGGGAUCCCCCGAGGGGUGAAGAGGAGUGGAUACCAUCCGAUCCGCGGUUUACUCACGCGGUGGAUCUUGUCUCCUACAUCAGCGCGUCUCCCGAGUAUUCGUCAGACUUUUGUGUUGGCGUAGCUGCAUAUCCCGACGGACACACCGAGAGCACGACGGAUGAAGACAAGGAAAUAGAUUAUUUGAAGGCGAAAGUGGAUGCAGGCUCGGAUUUCAUCAUUACCCAGCUUUUCUACGACGUGGAUCAAUUUUUGCGUUGGCUGGCAAAAAUACGGUCAAAAGGAAUCACCGUCCCAGUCAUUCCCGGGAUUAUGCCCAUUCAAACGUAUGCCUCUUUUGUGCGCCUCACCAAACUAUGCGGUACCCGAGUUCCUGCUUGUAUCACAGAAGAUCUCGCGCCAAUAAGUCAUGACGACCAACUUGUCAAGGAUUACGGCGUCAAGUUGGCUGUCCAAAUGAUUCGACGAUUACGUUUAGAAGGAGGCAUUCAAGGCUUCCAUUUCUGCACCCUUAAUCUUGAAAAGAGCGUCCAACGAGUCUUAGAGACCCUCCGAUGGGCAGGUGAUACACCAGGGACGAUGGAGCCCCCUGCUGAAAUGGGUCCACCCGACCUUUUGAUAACCCCCACGAGUGCUACGGAUACGGCGACAUCUACUCUAGCUACAAUCUCGGUAACGGACGGCGAAGCAGGCCGUGGAGAGCUCAACAACGCAGCCACCUGGGACGAUUUUCCAAAUGGUCGUUUUGGUGACUUCAAAAGUCCUGCAUUUGGAAACCAGGAUCUAUGGGGCGGAUCGGGCAUAUCUGGAAGUGAUGUUCUUGCGCAAUGGAACAAUCCAAAGUCCCUUGAUGACCUUACUCAGAUAUUCCUUGGGCAUCUUCACGCCAAGAUUCUGACGACACCCUUUUCUCCUACGCCUCUUUCAUCUGAGUCCUUGAUGAUAUUGCCUCACCUAGAAAGACUCACGCGUCGAAGUUGGUGGACAGUCGGCUCUCAGCCAGCUGUGGAUGGUGUAAGCUCAGGAGACAAAGUCGUUGGAUGGGGCCCUAGAGGAGGAUACGUUUUCCAGAAAGGAUUUGUCGAGUUUUUUUGCGAGGAAAAGGAUAUGGAUGUUAUCGAAAGACGGGUGGAACGGAAUGGUCAUGGUUGGGUUCAUUAUUUUGCUGGAAAUUACAAGGCAGAUGGUGAAUGUCGCAGCAAUGUCCCAGAAGGCGGACGAAAUGCCGUGACCUGGGGCGUAUUUCCAGGUCAAGAGAUUGCGCAAACCACAAUCAUCGAAAAAGAGUCCUUUCUCACUUGGAAGGAUGAGGCAUUUUCCAUUUGGUCAGAAUGGGCAUCUUUCUACCGGCCUGGCUCGGAAGAGAGAAAGCUACUUGAGGGCGUGCGAAACGAGCGUUGGCUCGUUAGCAUCGUGCAUCACGACUACAAGGAUCCGCAAGCUUUAUGGACAUUUUUGUUUGAUGGUAAUGAUUCUUGA